CAUCGCAUCCGCUGACACUUGCUGACUUCACACAAUAUAGCACAGACUUUAAUAAGCUACUGAUAAGUGAGGUUUAGGUGCCAGGGGUCAAAGUAAAUGUUUCAGAGCUGGAAGACACAAGGACAGAAGCCGACGGGAGAAUCAGUAACAGCCGACACGGGCAUGAAACAAGGACCAUAACACAAGACCAACCCGAUAUAUAGAUUUUCUUUCUUUUUAAUUUAAAUUCAGUUAAGAAACGAUGAAGUUAAAGCUACCGAAUCCCGGUUUGGACAGGAGGAUUCCCAGUCAUGCGGACCUGGAGAGGAUGGAGACGGAAGAGGCUGGAGACAGGCCCAAGUGGGACAACAAGGCCCAGUACCUGCUCACCUGUGUGGGAUUCUGCGUGGGGCUGGGGAACGUCUGGAGGUUCCCGUAUUUAUGCCAGAGCCACGGAGGAGGUGCCUUCAUGAUCCCGUUCCUAAUUCUUCUGGUUCUGGAGGGCAUCCCGCUGCUGUACCUGGAGUUCGCGAUUGGUCAGAGACUCAGAAAGGGCAGCGUGGGGGUGUGGAGGUCCAUAAACCCUUAUCUCACUGGAGUGGGAAUUGCCUCUCUGAUGGUGUCUUUCUUGGUGGGGAUGUAUUACAACACCAUCAUGGCGUGGAUCAUGUGGUACCUCUUCAACUCGUUCCAAAGCCCGCUGCCUUGGAGUCAAUGUCCCCUUAACGCCAACAAAACUGGUCUGGUGGAUGAGUGCGCCCGUAGCAGCACAGUGGACUACUUCUGGUACAGGGAGACUUUGAACACAUCUACAGGCAUUGAGGACGCUGGGGGGCUUCAGUGGUGGAUGGUGUGCGCCCUGGUAGCUGCCUGGACACUGCUGUAUGUCUGCACCAUCCGAGGAAUUGAGACCACGGGAAAGGCUGUGUACAUCACGUCCACCCUUCCCUAUCUGGUCCUCACCAUCUUCCUCAUCAGAGGCCUCACCCUCAAAGGCUCGGUAGAAGGAAUCAAGUUCCUCUUCACGCCAGAUGUGAAUGAACUCAUGAAUCCAACGACAUGGCUGGACGCAGGAGCUCAGGUGUUCUACUCGUUCUCCUUGGCCUUUGGAGGUCUCAUCUCCUUCUCCAGCUACAACUCUGUUCACAACAACUGCGAACAAGACGCAGUUCUGAUCUCCAUCAUCAACGGCUGUACGUCGGUGUACUCGGCCACCGUGAUCUACUCCAUCAUCGGGUUCAGGGCCACACAGAACUUCGACGACUGCAUGUCAGACAAUAUACUGAAGCUGAUGAAUGCCUUUAAUUUGCCGGAGAACAACAUCACUGACAUCAACUACGACCAGUCCCUGACCCUCCUCAAUCAGACCAACCCCGCUUUAGUCGACAGCUUGAACCUAGAAACUUGUGACAUGAAGUUUUUCCUCAGCCAGGGAGUGGAGGGAACAGGCCUGGCCUUUAUAGUGUUUACAGAAGCCAUCAUCCGAAUGCCCAUUUCUCCCAUGUGGGCCGUGUUGUUCUUCGUCAUGCUGUUUUGCCUCGGUCUGUCCACUAUGUUUGGAAACAUUGAGGGAGUGGUGGUCCCUCUGCAGGACCUCAACGUUCUGCCCAAAAGCUGGCCGAAAGAAGUCUUUUGUGCUCUGACCUGCCUCAUCUCGUUUGCACUCGGACUCAUUUUCGCUCUACGCUCUGGAAACUACUGGCUGGCCCUGUUUGAUAAUUACGCUGGAUCUAUCCCUCUGCUGGUCAUCGGCUUCUGUGAAAUGAUCGCAGUUAUCUACAUCUACGGAAUAGACCGAUUCAAUAAGGACAUUGAGUUUAUGAUCGGCCACAAGCCCAACAUUUUCUGGCAGAUCGCAUGGAGAGUGGUCAGCCCCCUCAUCAUGGUCUUCAUCCUCAUCUUCUACUUUGUCACGCAAGUCUCCAAAAGCGUCACGUAUCUGGUGUGGGAUACGGCUUCGGAGACGUUCCCGACGCUAGAAAAACAGCCCUAUCCGACGUUUGUCUACGCCAUCAUAUUCAUCCUGGCCGGCAUUCCCAGUUUAAGCAUUCCGGCUUUUGCACUUUACAAGUUUAUCCAGAGGAGAUGCUGCAAACACAAGGAUAACUACAGCGACUCCGUGGACUCGAUCUCGGCUAAAGUGGAGAUGAACGGGAAAGCCUGAACCCAAGGCUAACUGUACCUGAGUAAGAUGAACGGACGAUGUCGUUUGUGUAUUCUGCUGCUCAUUUCUUCCAUUAUAUGUACUAUAACUUUUAUGACGUACAGUAAUUGCCUUGUUAUUAUUGUAUAUUGUGUAAUUUAAUCCUGAUUUAGCGAAAGUAGAUGCAUGUCUGUUUUGUAACUUUA